AGUAGACACAGGUCCGGCGCUCGUCGAUCAGCACGAAAGACGUAACUGGGAGCGUCUUUGAUGAAAGUUUAGCUGCGGCAAGGCCCAAGGUGGACCAUUUUGGGAUAAGUUAAGUAGUUUUACUCAAUCCAGAAUGACUCGGAAGACUGCCGAAGUUUGAACCGCGAUCGUGUCAGGACUUCCACUUCAUACUCGUCAUUUUGAAAAAAUGGCUCCUGCAAAAAUUACUGUAGAACAGGAAGGACCGUCUGCCCGUUACGCAGCGUGGGUGGAGCGUCGCUUCUCCAGCUUUGUGCUGCAAGAGCAAGACAAGCAGCGGGUGAACGUCGAAGCACGAAGCGGAGCCGUGGUUGAAACGGACCCAAUGAAAACGGUGCAGAUUUUCCAGGAAUCUACAAAGGAAGCGCACAGAUGCGCGAUACUAAAACUUGAUUUGAAGUACCAUCAACUGUGUGUGGAGGCUGCGCGACGCGGUUGGCUAUGCAGCGAGGAGCUGAGGCGCACGGGACCGAAAAGUGCCGAUUCCUUCUCUUGGAUUUUUGGAAAACCAGCACUCGUUCAAAAACAAAUUCCGGUGGGCGAGCAGGCCACGUUAGCACAGCAGGAUGUUCUCGAGAUAUGGUAUGAAGAUGAUCCGACGAUACACUACAGGGAAUUCUAUCCCGGGCCCGGAAAGCACUACGAGGCACUGUCUAAGUCCAUAGCACAAGACCAGGUCCGCGCAUGGAUGAGCGUGGUGCGAAGAAGGUUUCAGGAGCAAUCACAAAUUUUGCACCCGCACUUGCCGUCCGAACUCUUCUUGAAGAUUAGAUUCUUUCUCCGACCCUGCGGUUCGGUCAUCCUGAACCCUUUGUACCUGGCGGAGACUGCAGCGAAAAAGCGCCUGCGCGAUAUCGAGCCGCUAGCCGCAGCUGCGCUAAAAAACUGUUUGGAGGAUGCACCGCGCGCUGCUGUACAUGCUCCAGUUCUCAAACAUGGAGCAACUGGAAAAGUUUGGUCGCGUCGGGAUCCCGUGCGUAGGACCACCGUUGUCGGCUUGCAACUUGGAACGGGCCUGAGCUUCAUGAUAGAGGGAAGGGCGUUGCAGAUGUGGCCUUUGAGUAGCGAGAACGAAAUCAUCGAUAGCGAGGCAUGGGAAACGCUUCGGCAGACGGAGAUCGCAGAUAAAGCGCCCCUCGUGCGUCCGUCGAAAGAGGAGGUGAAGUACGCGAAUUUGAUGGGCAUCUUGCGGGAAUUUUUUGAAUCCAAAGGUUUGAAGUUUACCCAGAAUGAGGAGGAUCGUAGCAAGUUCGAGAUCUCUUGGGGAUAACCCAGUUUCGUGUGAGAACCAAGGAGGGAGCAACAUAGACCGUGUUUCAGCUGAAGUGUAUCACUUCCGCAUGGCUUGCUCCAGGUCUAAUUGGGCCUCCGCACCGGCAGUCUGACAGAUGAAUAUGUGCGUGGUAGAGGAUGUGGUUGUCGGAAAACUUGUGGAAUAAUAAAGGACCCGUGUUUGCGCCGGACUUCAUCUCUCGAAAGUUGAAACUCGCUGAAAAGAG